AUGAAAAAUAACUAUAGGCUAUUGAGAUCGUCAAGGAAUUGCCAUUUUAGUAAUGUUUGCCCUGUUGUCAAUUCUGCUGCUAGGAGGUUAGCGUUGUUUGGCGGAGUGGUGUGCCUUACGUUGUUGAGCGGUAAGUUCUUGUUCUCUGGGUUGGUGCUCUGUUUUGGGUGUGUUGCUCUUCUGGUUGUGGUUUUUGGUGUUCUGAUGGUUCUGGUUGUUCCUGGGUGGGGUGUGUUGGGUUUUAUGGGUUGUGGUUGCUGGUUGGUGUUUGCUUCAUGGUCUCUUUUAUUUGGGUUCUGGUGGCUGGUUGGAGCUGCUGUGGAGCUGGUGUUUGUGGUCCGGCUGUGUUUGUUUGGUGCUGCGUUUUUUGAUGCUGUUCUUCUCUCUUGGAACAUUGGUUUUUGGAGCUCCGCGCUCAUUUUGUGCAGGAUACUCGUUCUAGUAGGUGGGAUAUGCUGA